GAGGUUGUGGAUGGAUAAUGAGACCUUUUGUGACUCCUAGGUGUUUCAGAUCCUGGAGGUAAGUCCCUAAAACUAUCUGAGUUCAUCUUAGAAAGGAGUGUGAUGAUGUCAUCCCAGGAAUGCAGUUAAGGUUUGGUCCUGCUGUAGAAGAACCUGCGGAGAGUCACACACUGGCUGUCAUAAAUGAGUGGACCAGGAAUGGGCAGGAUGUCUAGCAUGGUGGGAGUUACCCUGCUCAGAAGGCUGCCUUUUGUCUGACUUCUAGGAUCACACAGAGCCUACGCUGUGGAUGUUGAGUAGCCCGGCACGGAGAGCAACAGGUUUGACCAUACCCUGCUGGGCCCAGGAGUCAUGCCAGACACACCAGUGGAGGACGCCCUCUUCCAAAUCAUACACUGCUUCCACCACUAUGCUUCCCGGGAAGGGGACGUGGAGACCUUGUCCCUGGAGGAGCUGAAAGCCCUCCUCCUGGAUAGUGUGCCUCGCUUCAUGGACACCUUGGGCCGCAGGCAGACAUACUACAUCACAGAGCUGUUUCGGGUGGCUGACAAAAACAAGGACAACCAGAUCUGCUUUGAUGAGUUCCUGUACAUCUUGGGCAAACUGGUGAAGGACUAUCACCUGCAGUUCCACCGGCAACUGUGUGCACACUACUGCGCCCAGCACAGCCUCUACUAGAGAGAGGACAGGCAGUGUCUCACCACUGGAGUCUGUCCCGGGAGGCAGACUCUAUGAGUGGCUUACAGAACUCAGCCAUGUAUUUCUUCUUAUGUGUGCACACAUGUGUACAAAAAAUAUUGCAAAUAUUUCUAGGAAGUACUUAUGGCAUGGGUCCGGGUAUCUACUAAUGUUCAGUAAAAGACGUUUAGUCUUCA